UUUUGAAUUGUUAUAGUUGAAUUUUUAAGAAAUAUUGGACUAUAUUCAGAUGAAGCCUGAAGGACAGUAAUGAAAAAUAUGUCAUUGAAAUGAUCCAUCCGUUUGAUGCAAACACUCUCUGAAGUUUGUGCAUUAUGACAAUCUUAAAAUCGGAAAUCUGAAGAAUACCAAUUUACACUAGAUUCGACUUAAACUUGAACUUUGACUUGGAAAAUCCCUGAAGUUGAGAGAUAACUUGGCCUAAGCUGAACCGACAACCAGAAGAACAUAUGACAUAAUUCUUGAGUUGUGAGAUCUGCAUCUGCUGGAGACUUCACACAGUGGUCCCGGCAGCAGACAGCCACUGCCGUGUACCGGCGGGGCUGCGGCGCUGGCUGCGGCGCCUGUGAUCGACGCGCGCCGACCGCCGCCGCGCGCUCCUCGCAGUUCCCCGCGGCUGGCAGGCAAGGCCACUAGUUGGCCGCGCCGCCACCAGAGGGGGCGACGAGCGCCGGCGCGGCUUCCACAGAGGCCUACCCGCAGCCUUGUCAAGGUCUAACGCCGCAGAGGUGACCGCGUCUGGCCGCAGUGGAUCGCUCGCUGUCUCACCUCCGCACCUGGGCCGGCGCUGGGCGGAGAGUGUGACUGUCGUGCGGAGAUGGGCCUGCGGGCCGCGCGCCGCCCUGCGCUGUCGGCCGGCCGCCGCGCCCGGCCCGCCAGCUGAGCAGCGCUCCUCGUGCCGCCCACACGCGCCCGGCCCCCAGUGCGCCGCGCGCCGAGCGGCAGCGCAGCCGCCAUGAGCGCCAUGGACGUGAGCGAGUCGCUGGCAGCCAUGGAGACGGACGCCGCGGCGGCGGCGGCGGCGGCGGCGGGUCCGCGGCCGCUGGACCUACAGCGGGUCAGCGCAGACUCGACCAGUGUCAGCCCCCAGCCGAGCAGGGAGUCGCCGCGGCCCUCGGACGACGGCGCCGACCCCGACCCCGACCCCGACCCCGACCGGGGCACCGGCUCCGACCGCGAUCGGGGAGCGGGCGCGGGCGCCGGGCCGGCCGACAGCGCCUCGGCGGUGUGGCGGCCCGGUGGCAGCUCUGCCGAGUCGCGCGGCUGGUCCGAGCGGCCCAUGAGCUGGCAGGCCGAGCCGGGCGAGCCGGCCUCCUCGCAGCUGGAGGCGGCCAUCAGCCAGACGCACCGCAUGGCGAUAAAACAGGAGGUGGAUGAAAUGGUGACCAGUCCGGCGGCGCCCGACAGCCACCACCUCUCCUCCGACACAGAGUCGGCCACCGCCAAGACGGACGGCGAGCGUCCGAGCAGCGCCGGUCCGGCGCGCAGCGACUCGGGCUGCGAGGUGAACCACUCGGGUCCGUUCACGCCCAGCGCGUCGCCGCUGCUGCCGCGCUCCGGGCACGGCUUCCACAACUCGCCGGAGCUGUGCGGCGGCGGCGGCGCGGCCGGCCGGCUCUACUCGCCGACGGCCUCGCCGCUGCAGGCGCGACACUUUUCCGGCUACUCGUCGCCCUACUCGCACACGCCCAGCACGGGCCUGUCGCGCAACAACUCGGACGCGUCGCAGUACGGCGGCUCCCAGUACUCGUGCUCGUCUGUGUCCUCCCCGGGCGGCCAGUACUCGCCGGCGGCCUCCCCGGGUCAGAGUCGGCACCUGUACCGGCAGAGCCCCAUGCUGGGCCGGCACAUGGAGCACCUGCUCGGCCACCACCCGCUCAACCUGACCCAGUCGGACUCGGAGAGCUGCGACGACAAGUCCCAGCUGGCCGCCGAGCUGGCCGCUCACUCGGCGCUCUCGGGACAGUCGGGCAUCAGCCGGCAGCAGCUCAUCAACAGCCCCUGUCCCGUCUGCGGCGACAAAAUCUCCGGCUUCCACUACGGCAUCUUCAGCUGCGAGAGCUGCAAGGGAUUCUUCAAGCGCACCGUGCAGAACAAAAAGAACUACGUGUGUCUGCGCGGCGCCGGCUGCCCCGUGACGAUAGCCACGCGGAAAAAGUGUCCCGCCUGCCGCUUCGAGCGCUGCCUCAACAUGGGCAUGAAGCUGGAAGCGAUCCGCGAGGACCGGACGCGCGGCGGCCGCUCCACCUACCAGUGUUCGUACACGGUGCCGCCGUCGCUGGUGGCGCCCUCUGCAGGUGGCGCCACCAGCGGCGGCCCGGCGGACCCGCUCCAGGCGGCGCCACACGUCAAGGCCGAGCCGAGCGAGGGCGGCGCGCCGCCGGACGGCCGGCCGGCUACCCCGCCCCUGCUGAAGCAAAUAAUGUCAGUGGAGCACCUGUGGCAGCCGUCGCCAGCGGACAGUGUGCCCUCGCCGGCCUCCCAGCAGCCGUCCGGUCUGGCAGCGGCGGCGGCGGCCGCGGCCGCCGGCGCCGGCGACUACAGCAGCCUCUGCCACAUCGCCGACCACCGGCUCUACAAGAUCGUCAAGUGGUGCAAGAGCCUGCCGCUCUUCAAGGAGAUACACUUGGACGACCAGACGGCUCUGUUGAUCAACACGUGGUGUCAGCUGCUGCUGCUCAACUGCUGCUACCGCUCCCUGGACACGCCCGGCCACAUACGGGUGUCGCGGGGCCGCUCCGUCAGCGUCCAGGAGGCCAACGCCAUCGGCGUGGGCCGGUGCGUGGAGCGUAUGGUGGCGCUGACGGACCAGUUCCGGCGGCUCCAGGUCGACUACUACGAGUACAUCGCGCUCAAAGUGAUCGUGCUGCUGUCUUCCAAUGGCGACCCGUCGGUGCUGACUGAGCCGCACAAGGUGUCGGCGUGCCGGGAGCAGGUACUGCAGGCGCUGCAGCAGUACACCAUGUCCCACUCGCCGCAGACGCCCAGCAAGUUCGGCGAGCUGCUGCUGCGUAUCCCGGACGUGGAGCGCGCCUGCCAGCUGGGCAAGGAGCUGAUCGCGGCGCGCAGCUCGUCCGACGGGCCCACCUUCGACAUCCUGCUGGAGCUGCUCAAAGGCGACUGACCGGCUGCCGGUCGGCCGGUCCGCCGCCGCUGCCGCGUCUCGCUGGUCGAGUCGCGGCCCACCUACAUUCCACUCAGUUGAAGCGCAGCUCAGUGCCAAACGGCCGGGGCGGGAGCCGCCGGGCCGCCCUGUGAUCCAGCCCACCGUGCCGGCACGCCGGCGUCCAUCGCCGGACGCCGCGCCGUGCCGCCGCCGAGACGGCGCCGCCGCCGCCGCUCUGCGCGCUACUCGGCGCCGAGCAGCGGCGCAGAGGCGGCGGCGGCGGCGGCGCGCCGCCACCGACCCGACCGCCCAGUGCCAGCUCGGUGAUGGCGCGCCGCGCCGGCCGCGCCGUCACUUGUUAUUUAUUGGGAGGGGCGCGCCCGCCAGAGCCGUCCAGCCGCCAGCAGCUACCGCGCCGCCGGCGCCAGCCUUACUCAUCGGAGAGAGAGUGACACCGAGUGAGAGAGAAAGGGAGAGGAAGGGAGAGUGCAAGCAUCGCCUGGCUGAACUCUUGAGGAGGCUAGACGUUUUAUAUUGUUUGCUACUUUGUUUGUACAAACUGGUGUUUGUUUUUAUGAAGGUGUGCUAAAGAGCCAAAAGCCAUUUUAUUAAUACAUUUUUAUAUUAUCGUA